AUGUCUGGAUAUACGCAAAGUGAAAAUUUAAACCGUGGCUCCGAGACAAUGGUUGAUCGUUAUUGUAACUCUUUAAAUAUUCUUAAAGAAAAGGUUAUGAGUCUAUUAGAACAAUAUCAUUCAAUCAUUAUGCAGAAAAUGGAAUGUGAUUUAGGAAACUUACUCUCCUACGAUGCUGAUGGAUUCCAAAGUCAUUUGGCAGAUGUCUUUUCUCAGAUGAAUGAUGUUGAAGUCCAUCUAAACAACUUGGAAGCUUGGGCUGGACUUCCUCCUGAAUGCUUCACUUCAGCUAGUUUGAACUAUGGUAUCCCAGAUCCGGAUCAAGUAUCUCAUGAAGCCCAAACCCUAGUUGAGGCUAUCCGACAUUUACAAGCUGAAUUGCGUGCUAUGACUACAAAAAGUCAAACAAACAGCGCACUCGCCACAGGGAAUGUGCCAUCAGUUCCUCCAGCUGAGAAAAGUGAUAAUAACCAGGAUCGCACUACAUCUUCAAUUCUGAAUACAGUUGCAAAACAAAGUCCUCUUCCAUUAACGGCUAUAAAAUCUGAGAUUACUCCUUAUUCUAUCCAGUCUAAUCCAUGUAUAUCACCAUCUGCUGGUGAUCCGAAUCAAGGAUAUGUAGAUACAUUGCCACAAAUACCAUCUUUUCCAUCAAAUGAAGAAGGACGUAGUUGCCAUCACACCGGCAGUAGACCAUACAAUUCCAAUACUAAUACAGCUACCCGUUCACCUAGUAUCGAUCGACGUCAACAAUCUACUAUUUCGACUGACGUUUACCGCGUGACAUCUGGACACCAUUCUUCAUUUCCUUCACCUAUCCCACCACAACAAUAUGUUUCUGGUCAAUACAAUCAGUUCCCUCCUAGCUCUGUUGAAACCGUAUCUUCAAAUCGUAUGGCUUCUGAAACCACUUCAAAAUAUCCAUCAAACAACCAAAAGCAUUGGAACAAACUUGGUGUGAAUCCUGAUCAAAAACCAGGAUGUUCUACUACUUAUUGCGAGGUUGAAACAGGAGUGAGGAGUUUAAUACGUGUGCCUAAUCAUCGGAUUGCAGCACAUUUUGGUCAAAAUGACUACAUUGAUAUUCUAGGUGACGGAAAAAUAAAACCACGUGAUUUUUAUACUGGACCUCCAUGGGUAUUAGGUGCACGAAAUGAAUAUCAACGUGUAUGCUCGCGACUUAACAAUCCAGCUAUCGUUGCAUGGAUGGAAGAGUUUGAACCAUCUAAAUUGACAGCUGAGUAUAAAUUGCAAAGAUACUUGUUCAAGAAAGUGAACAAGCGUAAAAAUAUCAAAUUUGAACGUUAUCGUGAUUCGCCCUAA